AUGAUAAAAAAUCAAGUCAUUUAUAAUAAAAAUAUCACAAAAAUGAGGCAUAACGUAUUUUGCAAUUACCAAAGAAUAAGACACAGUAUCAAAUCUAAUUUAGAAACAAAUGAAGAUGUUGAUGAUCCACUUCCUAAGGAAGCAAGUGUUAUAUGUGGAGGUGGAGUUAUGGAGUGUGCAGUUGCUUAUCCUUCACUUAUGGGACUGGGACCUCAAACUGUUAGUGUAGAAAGUGAAAGAUUAGGCGGUGGAACAACAUGGCAUACUUCAGGAUUGGUUGGAGCAUUCAAACCAAGUUUGGCACAAGUUAAGUUAGCACAGGAUAGCAUAGCAUUAUAUAAAGAACUGGAAAAAAAGGGCUUACCAACUGGUUGGACAUGUGGUAGUCUUUCUUUAGCACGUACAAGAGACCGUAUGACUGUGUUUAGACGGAUGAAAGCAGAGUCCAUAUCACGUAACAUUGAAUGUCAUUUAAUUACACCAAAGCAAGCACAAGAAAUUUGUCCAAUAGUACGUAUAGAUGAUUUAGCUGGUGGACUAUGGAUUCCUGAUGAUGGUGUAGGAAAUCCAUAUCAAAUUUGCUUAACAUUAAUAAAAGAAGCAAAAAAGAAAGGUGUUAAAGUAUUUGAAAAUUGUAAAGUUACAAAAAUUGUAACACAAGAUGAUAAAAUUGAAGCUGUAGAAACAACACAUGGAACUAUUGAAUGUGAACAUUUUGUCAAUUGUGCUGGAUUUUGGGCACGUAAUGUAGGCAAACUGAGUGAACCAUUUGUAAAGGUACCACUUCAUCCUGUAGAACAUUAUUAUUUACAUACCAAACCUAUUACUGGUUUAGAUCCUAUGACUCCUGUUGUAAGAGAUUUGGAUGGUUACAUCUAUUUUCGAGAAAAUGAUGGAAGCUUGUUAGCUGGUGGUUUUGAGCCUAUUGCGAAACCAGUAUUUGAAGAUGGAAAAAUACCUGAAAGUACAGAACAAAGAUUCUUACCCGAAGAUUGGGACCAUUUUCAUAUUUUAUUGGAACAAAUGCUUCAUAGAGUUCCAAGCUUAGGAAAUGUAAUUUUGGAAAAAUUGUGUAAUGGUCCUGAAGCAUUUUCUCCAGACUGUAAAUGGAUAGUUGGUGGAGCACCUGAAAUUCGUAAUUAUUACAUCGCUGCUGGUAUGAAAACGGUAGGUAUAUCAGCAGCUGGUGGAGUUGGUCGAGCAACCGCCGAAUUAAUAGUCCACGGUUCAACAUCUUUAGAUAUGUAUGAAUUAGAUGUAUCACGUUUCUUGGGCCUUCAUAAUAAUCGCAAAUUUCUACGUGAUCGAGUAAAAGAAGUUCCUGUGCAUUAUGCAUUACAGUAUCCACAUAAUGAAUUUAAAACAGGCAGAAAUUUGAGAAUGUCACCAAUUUAUCCAAAACUUCGAGAAGCGGGUGCUGUAUUUGGUCAAGUAAUGGGAUAUGAACGGCCAUCCUGGUUCCAAUUAGAUAAAGAUGAUGAUUUUGAAACAACUAAUGGAUUUCAAAAAUGUAAGAUUGCGUAUACAAAUACGUUUAGUAAACCACCAUGGUUUGAGCCAGUUUCAGAAGAAUAUGCUGCGUGUCGUGAAAGAGUUGGACUCAGUGAUUAUUCUUCUUUUACUAAAAAUUGAUUUAUGGUCACUGGAAUGGAAGUAUUUGAGUUGUUACAGUACUUAUUCAAUGAUGUAGACGUCCCGAUAGGAAGUAUUAUUCAUACAGGUAUGCAAAAUCAUCGUGGAGGAUAUGAAAAUGACUGCAGUUUAGCGCGUAUAGCUCCCAAUCAUUACAUGAUGAUCGCCCCCACUAUACAACAAACCCCUGGCAAACAUGGAUCAUCGUCAUUUACUCACGGAUCAGUAGCAGUAUCUGAUGUUAUCGCUUAUACAGCGAUUUGUAUCAUGGGACCUGCUACUAGACAAUUACUGUCAGAAUUGACAGAUACUGAUUUAAAUCCUAAGAAUUUUCCAUUUUUUACAUUCAGAGAAUUAGAUGUUGGUCUUGCUAAUGGAAUACGUACAAAUCUAACUCAUACUGUGAGAACUUGGCUUAUGAGUUUAUAUAUUCCGAAUGAAUUUGCACUACAUGUUUAUACAAGGCUGAUAGAUGCUGGGGCAAAAUACGGAAUAAAGCAUGCUGGUUAUUAUGCAACACGAGCAUUACGAGUUGAAAAAUUUUAUGCAUUUUGGGGUCAAGAUUUAGACACUUUUACCACUCCUUUAGAGUGUGGACGAGCUUGGAGAGUAAAACUUGAUAAAGACAUAAAUUUCAUUGGAAGAAAUGCCCUAUUAAAGCAACGCGAAGAAGGUGUAAAGCGAAAAUACGUACAGUUAUUGCUAAACGAUCAUGAUCUUGAGUACGAUACAUGGUGUUGGGGAAGUGAACCUAUUUUCCGAAAUGGACAAUAUUGUGGGAUGACAACUACUACUGGUUAUGGAUUCACGUUCAGAAAACAGGUCUGUCUUGGAUUUGUACAAAACAUUGAUUCGGAAGGACGACCACAAGAAGUAACAAAUGAAUACAUAUUAUCUGGAGACUAUGAAGUGGAUGUAGCAGGAAUUAAAGUUCCUGCAAGUCACCUACAUAGUCCAAAUUUGCCAACUAAAUUCCCAGAUAAGGAAAGAGAUUCUUAUCAUGCAACGCGUGAUCACCAAGCUGCUUAAUCUUUGACAAUAUAAAUUUUGAAUUGUGUAUAAAUAAUGUAUAUAGAAAAAAAUUUAAUAAAUUACUUGAUAAAUGA